UUUCAAAUAUCUUUUGCAAACAGAGUCUUAAAACUUGUGAGAUUUAUUCUUAACAAUUGUCAUUGGCCAUAUAUAAAAGCAAACAUACCCAAUACAUGUCCCUACACUAUAUUCACCAUGAUUUAUCAAGUAUAUAUUGAUUUAUUUGCCUAAAAGUGAGUCAAAACAGAAACUUACAUCCAUCAUCUCCACUUUUGAAGAGCUCUACAGUGUCACAUGACGAGUCACAUGAUCAAUAGUAAAUAUGGCGCAAGAAAUGUUGUUGAAAGUGUUAAUUUUGUCCGUUUUAUUACGAGUGUCUGAGGCUUACAUACAAUGUGGUGAAUGGAAUUGCUAUGGUAAUGCCUAUUGUUGUACAUAUGAUCCUGGCCAGUGCUGCUUCUAUGUAUGGAGUCUUUGGUGGUUCUGGUGUCUUUGGAUCCUUCUCUUUACCUUCUGUGCCAGUUGCGGCUAUUGUUGCUAUCGACGACGCAGAUUAGCACCCGACUAUGUCAUAAUUCAACAACCGCAACAGCCUGUAUAUGGAACUGUUGUACCAUCUACAGGGUAUGAAGCUGGAGUAGCAGCCACACCACAGAAACCACCAGAGUAUAUGCAAAAACCCCCUCCCUACAACCAGCAGCAUCAACCAGCUGGCGCUUACAACCCAGCAUAAACCAGCAAUUACAACCAGCUAGUACUAUUACAACCCUGCAAAUAACUAUGCAUAGGACGAAAACUUAGAAUAUACACAAUUAAUUUUAUCACUUAUCAAUACAAAAAUACUAUUUGUGAUAGCAGGCAAUGGUAGAGGGACAUCUCAAUAUAUUGAUUUUGAUGACGCUACAAAAUAUAAUAUACUUUAUCCAUUUGACGUAGUAAAAGACAUUGAUGAACAUUGACAUACUGACAUUGUGACUCAGCUUUGUCUCAUUGCUAUGACGAUUGAUAUUUAAAUUUGUAUUAUAUGAAGAGCAAGUCACACUGUGAUUAGAUGUUUAUGCUAUGGUUAGGAAGUAUCAAAAUUCAAACAAUCAAAUAUGGCUUAGAAUUGUGUCUUCAAGGUAAAUAUAGCAUGUAUGGAGGUUUGUUAUAUAGCUAUUUGAAAUUCAUAUCAUAAGUAUGUGAUAUCACAUUAUUUUGGGUGAUAUCAUUGAUAAACAAGUU